GUCACCCAUGAGCCUGCUCGGUGCUUACCGGAAAAAGACCAACAAUGACGGCUACGAGUCUUUACAGCUGGUGGAGAGCAGCGCCGGGGACGCUAACGGAGGAAGCGGCGGCAGCGGCAGCAGGGAGCGGCCGGGGAGCAGGCAAGGAGUGAGCGGGGCGGCGGCGGCGGCAUCUUCCCCCCCAGCAUCCAGGAGCCCGGGCCGGCAGCAGCCUGACUGCAGCACCAUGGACAGCUCAGGUGCCUCGUCACCAGACUUGGAGUCCAAUUAUGGAGGUGGCCUAUUGGACAUGGUCAAAGGGGGAGCAGGACGUCUGUUCAGCAACUUGAAGGACAAUUUAAAGGAUACAUUGAAGGACACGUCGACUAAAGUAAUGCAGUCAGUCGCCAGUUAUGCAAAAGGAGAGCUUGAUAUCUCAUAUAUUACCUCAAGGAUUAUUGUCAUGUCCUUCCCGGCAGAAGGUGUGGAAUUAGGAUUCAGAAACCAUAUCGAGGAUGUCCGCUCCUUCCUGGAUUCAAGACAUCUGGACCAUUACACAGUGUUCAAUUUGUCACCGAGGUCUUACCGCAGUGCCAAGUUCCAUAAUCGGGUCUCAGAAUGCAGUUGGCCUGUAAGACAAGCUCCGAGUUUGCAUAAUUUAUUUGCAGUUUGCAAGAACAUGCACAACUGGUUACAGCAGAACCCCAAAAAUGUGUGCGUUAUCCACUGCAUGGAUGGUCGUGCGGCCUCUGCAGUGUUAGUCAGCGCCAUGUUCUGUUUUUGUCAUCUUUUCACCAAUCCGGUGUCUGCAAUCCAGCUGCUCAAUGUGAAACGUCCAGGAAUAGGACUGUGGCCAUCACAUAGGAGGUACAUUGGGCAUAUCUGUGACCUGGUGUCCGACAAGCCUACGCAUCCUCACUGCAAACCUAUUGUCAUUAAGAAUGCCACCAUCAGCCCGGUGCCGUGCUUCAACAAGCAGAGGAAUGGCUGCCGGCCCUUCUGUGAGGUCCUCAUUGGGGAAACGCGGAUCUUCAGCACAAUGCAGGACUAUGAGAGGAUGAAAGAGUAUCGUGUCCAAGAAGGAAAAGUGGUGUUUCCUCUGGGAGUCACCGUCCAUGGAGAUGUUGUGAUUUCCAUUUAUCACAUGAGGUCAACAAUUGGGGGAAGACUACAAGCCAAGAUGACAAAUACUCAGAUUCUGCAGAUACAGUUUCAUACUGGAUUUAUAGCACUCGGCACAACAGUGUUAACAUUUACAAAACCAGAACUUGAUGCUUGUGACUCCCCAGACAAAUACCCUCAGCUGUUUCAUGUCACCCUGGACAUUGAGAUUGAAGCCACCGACAGACAGACAGACCUCACCCCUCCAUGGGAGAAUUUUAUAUCUAAAGAUGUGAACCCUAGUAUCCUGUUCUCAUCCCAGCAGGAGCAGCAGGACACAUUGGCUGUGGCUGGCAAGGCUCCUGUAGAGCAACCUCAAGACAACAUGAAGAAUUCCGGACAGGGGGCCUUCUUCUCUUCCUUGAGCUGGCAAGACCAGAAGUCGGACAAGGCCAGCUCUCAUCCAGCCUCAGAUGAUCGGGCAGCCCUGGUCCAUGAAGAGAGUGAGCCAUCAGACGAUGAACUUUUGUCCCUCUCCAGUCAGCACAGUAACACCAGUGGUGAAAAGCACCAUGGAACCCCCAAACACAAAAAAGUCGAUCCUCCGGCUCCUGCAGCGCCUCCAGAAGAUGUGGAUCUGCUCUGCUUAGAUGGAAGCGGGGUGAAUAAGGCUCCAUCUGAGCCAAAACCACCCCCUACUAACUCCGAUCUUCUCAGUGACCUUUUUGGGGCAGCUCAGGUACCUGGAGAUGCCAUGUUCCAGGCGGGAGGCAUAGGAUCUGCUCACUCGACACCACGGCGAUCUGCAGCGUCACCCUCUCCAUCACCGUCUCCGAGAGUAGGGGAAGCUUCCACCUUUGAUCUAUUUGGAUCAAGCCCAAAGCAGCCAGGUCAAGACUUUCUUGGCUCCUUGCUGAGUGCGUCAAAUGCCACCUCUGGAGACACAUUUCUGCAACCCGCAAGGAGUCCCUCCCCCUCUCCGACCCCAGGAGGCCACGUGGAUCCCUUUAACAUGGCUCCACCCUCUGUAUCCAUUCAGCCUGAUGCAUCAGCGCCGUGGGAUUGGGGUACUCCAGCACAAGGUGGAGUUGGCAGUAGAUCGGCUGCUACCAGCCCCACUGGAUCGCCGCACAGUACACCACAACACCAGACCAAGCCGCAGACACUUGACCCAUUUGCCGACCUUGGGGCGCUGGGUGCAAAUCUUGCUGGUGGUUCCUCAUUUGCAAGUAAACCAACUACCCCAACUGGUAGCAGCGGAGGAUUUCCCCCUGUAGGGUCACCACAGAAGCCAUCUCCACAGCACGUAGGAGGGAAUUGGCAACCGAACUCUGGAUAUUCCUGGCAGUCACAUUCAAAAUCGCAGCAAAACGUCUUGCACUCGUCUCCGCAAAACAGACCCAACUACAACAUCAGCUUUGCUCCAAUGAACAGUGGACAAAAUGAUAGAGGGAAGAAUGCAGCCGGGUCUGAAGCGAAACCGAAGGCUUCAUCUGACAACUUUGAAGAUUUGCUCUCUAGUCAGGGAUUCAAUGCUCACAAGGAGAGGAAGGGACCAAAAACGAUCGCUGAAAUGAGGAAGGAAGAAAUGUCAAAGGAAAUGGAUCCGGAGAAACUAAAGAUCUUAGACUGGAUUGAAGGUAAAGAGCGGAACAUCCGAGCGUUGCUUUCCACCAUGCACACUGUGCUAUGGGCAGGGGAGACCAAAUGGAAAACAGUCGGCAUGGCGGAUCUGGUCACUCCAGAACAAGUUAAAAAAGUCUACCGGAAAGCUGUGCUAGUGGUUCACCCAGACAAAGCCACUGGGCAGCCCUAUGAGCAAUAUGCAAAGAUGAUUUUUAUGGAGCUGAAUGACGCCUGGUCAGAAUUUGAAAACCAAGGACAGAAAUCAUUAUAUUAAUCUCUCCUAUCUGCAUAUCUCACCCUUAUCUCCUGUGCAGUAAAACUUCCAUCCUUGAACGUGACGGACUUUCCCGGGUUUUCUUUACAAACUUCAAUAAUUUCAUUUAUUUCAUGUAUGUUAGGGCCAAUGUGGCUUUAUUGUUGACAUGGAAAAUUCCCUUUUGAGAAUGAACAUUUGCACUCUACGUGUAGCAGAAAAUACCGGCAUCUUAAGUUCCCUAUUGCUUUAUUUAUUUUGAUAUUUAUUGAUUUAUUUAUAAUGUGGAUUUCAGUUGAAAUCCUCUGGAGUUGAAACAGUUAACUUAAACACAUCUGACUGCUCUUGUUCAUCAUGUGCCUGUGUAAUUUUCUUUUCUUUGUAUUAAUUACUUUGAACACCUAUCCCCUCUUGGAACCCAUAUCUGCAAAGGAAUAUUUUACAGGGUUCUAGAGGAAGAUAUUAUGUGUUGCACUUCCUUCUUGGAGGUAGAGGAGCAAAACCUUUAUUCCCCUUGGUUGUAGAAAAACAAUGUUUUUUAAAGGGGAAUUCCACUUAAAGUCUCCAUUUCGUAUAUCAUAUAUAUGUGUCAGAAGAUGACUUCAGUGGGAGUCCAUUAGUUGAAACCUCGCUGAUUGCUUGAGAAUCCAACCCCCUUCUUUGCUUUCCAUUAUAGAACAUGAGCAACUUGUGACACAGCUCCAUUGGUUUCAAGCAUGUAGACCCUCUACGUAGUACCGUGACUCUUUAGUUUGGAUUCAGCUCAAGGAACCCCACCAAGGUCAUCUUCUAGCUCAUCUAUGUCUUCAUGACCAUUCCAAGUGGAAUUCCCUUUUAAUCUAUUGUUUUUGUUACAAUGGGACGACUUACAUUGUAGCUUCAGUAAACCAACAUGCAGGUAGUCUGAAUCCUAAACCGGGAUGUCAGUUCAAAGAGCCUUUUGUUAAAGGGGUUGUCCAGGUUCAGAGCUGAACCAGGACAUAACCCUGACUUCACCCAGGCAGCCCCUCUGAGUGGAACAUCAGAGCAUUUCACGCUCCAAUGCUUUCCCUUGCCCUGCAUUGAGUCGCGCAGGGUAAGGGCUUUUUCAGCAGAUCCAGUGAUGUAUCGGGUCUCUGUAUGAGGCUUCCUCCUAGCAAUGAGCCCGGCAACGUCACCGACACUAACGGGCGGGCAUUAGUGCUGCCCUAGCCUGUAAAACAGCCUGGGGCAGCAUUAAAGCCCACCCAUUAGUGCCAGUGACGUCAGCAGGAUCACUGCUAGGCCGAAGCCUCUGCCUAGCAGUGUAAAAACAUAAGCAAAACAGCCCUUGCCCUGUGCGAUGCAGCACAGGGCAAGGGAGAGAAUUGAAGCAUAAAAUGCUCCAAUGCUAAUAUCAGGGGGCUGCCUGUGUGACAAAAGACCUGGACAAACCUUUUAAUUGUUUUCUUCCCUCUUGGUAAAGCCUAUAUAUUGAUAUCCGAAAGCAAUGUAAAAUGCAAUAAAACAGAUCCGGUCCAUGGCAUUCCAUGACUGGAUGCAGAUUUACAGUAAUAGGCCAGGAUCUUGAGGUAUCUACAUGUUCCUUUAGUAAUUAUAGUUGUGACUAUGGGAAUUUCUUUACCAUAUAAUGUAACAAUGCUCAGCUGUCAUUCGUACAAUUCCUCUCAAUGACAGCUGCCUCUAUAAAAUGCAGAGUUGCCCAUCGGUGCUGUUAGCUUUUUGCGUCCAUUGCCAUGCUACCCUUCAAAGACAAUAUGGUUGUUAGAAUUAUUUAAUUGGCUAACAUUGUUUGCCCAAGCGCACUGACUUGAGAUUAUACUAACAUGUUAGAUUUAUGGAUAUCUAAGCUUAAAGUCUUGCAGAUAUUCUGUGGUUUAUUGACUGUUGACUGAAAAGACACCAUGCAUUGACUACGAGAAGCUUACCUAUGGUACACCCUCCUGCUCCAUGCCUACGAGAAGCUUACCUAUGGUACACCCUCCUGCUCCAUGCCUACGAGAAGCUUACCUAUGGUACACCCUCCUGCUCCAUGCCUACGAGAAGCUUACCUAUGGUACAUACACCCUCCUGCUCCAAAGACUGCAGAGAGCAUAGUAUCUUUUUGUGGUUGUUGUUGCCUGUUACCUGUAUUAGUUUACAGGGGACAGCGGAAGUGCAAAUAAUGGGGCCUAACACAAAGGUGGCUACACAUUCCUGGUAAUUUAGAAUUCUUCUCCAAUUAAUAUGUUUUGUAUGGCCUGAAGAACCUCUUUUAAAGGGGUCCUCCAGAAUAAAAAAAACAUGGCUAAGGCUACAUACACACAAACUUUUUU